UGUAAGCCUUUAAAUAUUUGGGCUGAAUAGGUCGUGUUAUCUCUCUACUUGGGCCGGGUUACAAAACAUUGUGUUAAUUUAUAUUUUUUCUAUUUACAUUUCCAUUUCCGUUCAUCAUCAGCUUUUCGUUUCUCUGCUGCUCAUCGGAACGGAACAUUUCCCCCGAAAGCUCUGUAUUUGAGCGGAAUGGAUACAAACACAAAUGACUGGAAAACCCAGUUGCCACCUGAUUCACGCGAGAAGAUCGUCAACAAGAUCAUGGAAACGUUGAAGAAGCACCUUCCAUUUACUGGACCAGAUGGAAUGAACGAGCUCAGGAGAAUUGCUGCCAGAUUCGAGGAGAAAAGCUUCAGCGGUGCUGCUGACCAGACUGAUUACCUUCGGACAAUAUCUAUGAAGAUGCUGACCCUGGAGACUAAAUCCCAAAAUGCAGCUGGUUCCUCCUCAUCUAUCCCUGCCGCUAAUAAUGGCACAUUCAUGGAUUCAACUCCUCCUUUCUCUGCCCAUCGGAACGUUGACCUGGAAAGCCCUGUACUGCAUUUCAGCGGAAUGAAUACAAACGCAAAUGACUGGAGAACCCAAUUGCCACCUGAUUCACGCGAGAAGAUCGUCAAAAAGAUCAUGGAAGCACUAAAGAAGCACCUUCCAUUUACUGGACCAGAUGGAAUUAACGAGCUCAGGAGUAUUGCUGCCAGAUUCGAGGAGAAAAUUUUCAGCGGUGCUGUUAACCAGAAUGAUUACCUCCGGAAAUUAUCUAUGAAGAUGCUGACUAUGGAGACUAAAUCGCAAAAUGCAGCUGGUUCCUCUUCACCUAUUCCUGCUGCUAAUACCAGCCAACCCUUGGAUCAGUGCCAACAUAUGGACAAUGACAAUUCAGAGCCUUGUCUCUCGAAGGAAGAAGAACCUGCCAUGAACAAAGCUGACUGGAGAAGCCAUCUGCCACCGGAUUCACGCCAGAAGAAUGUCAACAGUCUAGUGGAGACACUGAAGAAACAUGUUCCAUAUUCUGGGAAAGAAGGAAUCGACGAGCUCAUGAGAAUUGCUCUCAGCUUCGAGGAGUUAAUCUUCAACACGGCUAUAAAUCAGGGGAAUUACUUUCGGAAAAUAUCCUUAAAGAUGCAGGCGAUGGAAGGACACUAAGUCAAUCUCGUUCAAAGGGCGGUCCCAUAUGUAUAUACAAAGAAACACACCUUAGGAGGCCUUGGAACCUGCUAAUGUUAAAGGCAUGAAUAAACAUGCCAAUAGUAUCCAUUAGAGUGAUUUAUCAAACACUUCUCGUUUCUCUAAUAUAACAAGAAAGAAUGUCGCUUUUUAUUAAUUUAUUAACUAUAAUAUCAAAAAAGAAUUCGCUUAGCUACAUUUUACUCUUAAUAUUCAAAUUUUUUAGCAGCUGA